AGGAUGCCAGUCUAAGGGGGAGGAGGCGUGCGGUGGUGGGAGACAUACCUCUCUCUUGCCCCUUUUUUUUCUCUCCUCUGCGAUCUCGGCUUUUUCACGCUGGAGCUUUGGCAUCUUUCCUUUUCUCUCUGUCUGAGUGUAGCUGGGAGGAGGAAGAGGGGUGCCGUCAUCAUCAUCAUCAUCAUCAUCGUCGUUAUCAUCAUCGCCGUGGUGGUGUCAGUUGCCAUCUGUCCCACCACUCUCGUGGGUCGCUGUAAGAGCUGACGGUGCCAUCUACUUUUGGGAACCGUGCCGGCAAUGCUCACAGGUGCUGCUCUCUCUGUGACCGGCUGGUGCCGUAGUGUGUGUCUGUGUGUCUGUGGGAGUGCGGUUUCUGUGUCUGUGGGUGAGAGAGUGUGUGCAUGUGUGUGGGAGAGAGAGAGAGAGAGAGAGAGAGAGAGAGAGAGAGAGAGAGAGAGAGAGGAGAGUAUGCGUGUGUCCUUAGAGGGGCAGAACUAUAUAAACCAGCCACCUGCAUUAUUAUGAGCAGAUAUCCUCAUGGCAUGAGGAGGGAGGAGUGCUUUUGCCAUCAUUACACAGCAGCACAGUAAGAGAAAGAAAGAGAGAGAGAGAGAGUAUAGUGAGAGAGACAGAGCAUUACAGUGAGAGACACAUAGAGAGGAGGAGAGAGAGAGUGAGAGGAGGAGUAGGUUACAGUGAGAGAUAGAGAGAAUCAGAGAUAGAGAGAUAGGAUAGGAGGAGAGAUACGUUGCGUGGUGAGGUAAACCAAGAAGGGAUUUCUGAAGCAGGAAGAGAGAGACAGAGAGACAGACACUCCAGCUACUGUUGGUAUUGUUUGAACUGCUGCUGCCGCUUCCAACCUACCCUUGAGAGAGAGAGAGUGAGAGAGAGCAGUGAAGAAGUGUGCAUUGCCUCACUGGCAGCAAGAGGGAAGAGAGAGAGAGAAAGAGGUGGGGGAGAGAAAGGGAAAGAGUGCUGUGCGUGUACCUCACGCGCAAACGGUAUUAGAUCCGGAGAGAGAACGCACCAGCCGCUGCCUCUGUGCAGCCUCCCUCCCUCCCUCCCUCUCUCUCUCUCUCUCUCUCUCCGCCACUGGCACUCGCACAAUCCACUGGGCUCCGUUUGCUAAAACACCCAGAGACACGCGUAACCCUCGGCAACUGCCAUGAUCUGAGGACCCGGCGCGCGCCCUGGUGCAGAUGCGCUACCCGACACCUGCUGAAUCGGCCUCGGACUCACACCAUGGACGCCCUGCUCGGCAACUGCGCACCCCUGGACGGACUGGAGAACAACUCCAUAAAGUACCCGAAAAAUGAGCAAACCGAGAAAAUGUGGAAGCGAGUCAAAGGAAUGCAGAAGUACAAAAGCACCUCUCAAAGAUUGAGAUGCUUGGUGAAGCAGCUGGAUAAGGGCGAGGUGAAUGUGGUGGACUUGAGGAAGAACAUCGAGUAUGCAGCCUCGGUCCUGGAAGCAGUGUACAUUGAUGAGACACGGCGGCUUCUGGACACUGAGGAUGAGCUCAGUGACAUCCAGGCGGAUUCCGUGCCCUUGGAGGUGCGUGAUUGGCUGGCAUCCACCUUCACCAGGAAGAUGGGUGUGGUGCGGAGGCGCCCUGAAGAGAAGCCGCGGUUCCGCAGCAUCGUCCACGCCGUGCAGGCCGGAAUCUUCGUGGAGAGAAUGUACAGAAGGACGUCAAAUAUGGCCGGACUGACCUACCCGCCUGCUGUGAUCACGACAUUAAAGGAUGUUGACAAGUGGACAUUUGACGUCUUCGCACUCCACGAGGCCAGUAGCGAGCAUGCCCUCAAGUUCAUGGUCUACGAACUUCUCACCAGAUAUGAUCUCAUCAACCGCUUUAGGAUCCCCGUGUCGUCCCUGGUGUCCUUUGUGGAGGCACUGGAGGUGGGGUACAGCAAGCACCGGAACCCCUACCACAACCUCAUCCACGCCGCCGAUGUCACACAGACUGCACACUACCUGAUGCUCCACACCGGUGUCAUGCACUGGCUGACGGAACUGGAAAUCUUAGCCAUGGUGUUUGCUGCGGCCAUCCACGACUUCGAACACACAGGAACAACCAACAACUUCCACAUCCAGACCAGGUCAGAGGUGGCCAUUUUGUACAAUGACCGCUCGGUCCUGGAAAACCACCACGUAAGUGCAGCCUACCGACUUAUGCAAGAGGAUGAGAUGAACAUCCUGGUGAACCUGACCAAGGACGACUGGAGAGAGCUGCGCAGCCUGGUGAUUGAGAUGGUCAUGAGCACAGACAUGUCCUGCCAUUUCCAGCAGAUUAAAACCAUGAGGAGCGCCCUGCAGCAGCCAGAGGGGGUCGACAAACCCAAGGCCCUGUCACUGAUGCUCCAUGCAGCUGAUAUCAGCCACCCAGCCAAGGACUGGAAACUCCACUACCGCUGGACGCAAGCCCUCAUGGAGGAGUUCUUCAGACAGGGGGAUAAAGAGGCUGAGCUGGGACUGCCUUUCUCUCCUCUGUGUGAUCGCAAGGCCACAAUGAUCGCUCAGUCACAGAUAGGGUUCAUUGACUUCAUAGUGGAACCAACGUUCUCUGUAUUGGUUGACACCACAGAGAAGAUUAUUUCUCCUCUCAUAGAGGAAGCAGUAAGAGCAGGAGACACUGGUCUCUCUAGGUCCAGUAUGAGUGGCAGGGGGUCGGCGACCGUGGUAGAGUCCGUCCAGAGACACAGUGGCAGGGCACUGAACUCUGAGGAGGGGGGUUCCGUAGACUACUCCCUGGCCAGCAUCGACCUGAAGAAAGUACGUCACACACUGGCCGACGUCAUUCAGAACAACAAGGACCGCUGGAAGGAGCUGUCUGUCCAAGAGCUGGCGCGUAAGGAGCGGGAGCGGGAACUGUCCUUAGACUCGGAGGAGAUGCUCACCGACACAGAGCCCAUGUCCACCACCAGCCCCACCCACAACGCGGCCUCCACGUCUGCUAACGAACUGAACGAUACCCACUCCAGCGACUCCUCGCAGGAGUGCAUGUCUGCAGAGCCUGUGCAUGCAUCCGCAGCAGCGACUGCGUCGGCACCCGUGUCGCCUGAGAGCAGCUCAGCUGCACAGGCCCACGCCUCGGAGCCUCUCCCCUGGAACGGAGAAGGACACCGGCAGGUCCUUGAGGAGGAUGCUCCGAGUCCCUGAUGGCCAGAUGCCCUCCGCUUCCCUGGCAUCAGCCUAACUUCAGUUUGGAUUUUCAUUUGGUUAUUGUUAUUAAUAUUAUUAUUAUUUUAUGAUUAUAUAAUUAUUAUAUUUUUUGUAUAUGUUUUUAUGAUUUCAUGCUCAGUCAAUUGUAUUGUUAUUUAUUAAAGAUUGCUCUGCUCUCCCUUUG